UUGUUGGUGCAUAAGGCCUUCAUCACCCUGAAAACCAAGAUCGCUACGACCCCAAUUCUCCGCCACAUCGUCGAGGCGAGAACGCCGGCGGUUAUUGUAUAUGCCAGUGAUUGGGCGAUAUCGGCUUCAUUGACGCAAGAACACGACGAGAUCUACCACCCGGUUGCGUUCUCCAGCCGCACCCUGAAGACGAACGAGUUAAAUUACAAUGUGACCGAAAAGGAGGUGUUGGCAUUGCUGAGGAUUCUGGAUCUCUACUACAAAAUACUAAUCGGCCCGAGUGAAGCGUCGUUCAGCGUGAUCGUGUGGAGUCUGCCCGGGUGGGAGGUGGUCAAAGCUAGAUCGGGCUAUCUCGAGAGCCUCACCGUGAACGAAGCAGAAUACAACGACCUACUCCUGGGACUCGACAUGCUAGAGGACCUAGAUCGCAAGCGACUAGUGAUCUGCGGUGAUACCAACUUAGUGAUCCGACAAGUACGGGGCGAGAUCGAUUGCAAGACACCCGGGCUGACGCUAUUGAAGUGGAAGGCCCUCGACCGCCUGACGAAAUGGAGCGAUCAUGAAUUGGUGCAUGUGAAGAGAGACUGGAAUGGGAGCACCGACAUGCCGCUUUGCAACGACAAGGUGGGAUCGAGGUCCAAGGAGGGCCCGAACACGAAGACCUGCUUCUCGAGUAAGCUCACCCGAGGGAUCAUGCAAGAGGACCUGGUCCGGGAGAUGCGGGUCGAUCGGAUCAGGCAGGCUCAGGAGGAGGAAGGCUGGAUCACAGGUAUGAAUAAGUAUCUGGGUGGCUCGAUCGCUGACUUCACGCAAGCGGAAGCAAGAUCGUACGGCAAGAUCGCGGCCGACUAUGAUGUGGACGAACAUGAUCUACUCGUUUCCUGCCCACCCACGCCGAGAUCGGGGGACGAUCGCGAUCGGUUGCUGAGACUAGUGGUGCCCGAAAUGUUGGAUCAGUUCCACUGGAGAGGAUUAUAUCGCGUUCAGCGAUAUGUGGGCAAAUGCGUGGACUGUAAAACGGGAAAAGGAAAACCGGUGAUCCGGGGUGAAUCACCGGGGAACUUGCAGGCGGCAUACCCGUUCCAGAUCAUUGCGAUGGAUCAUAUACCGUCGCUGCCCAGAUCCCACAAUGGGAAUACCGAUUUAUGGAUCUGGGUCGAUCUGUUCACGGGAUACGUGAUCGCGAAAACUAGCUCAUCCCGGUCGGCCCAGACGGUCUCGGAAUCGUACGAAGAGUGUGUAUUUCGGCGAUUCGGUGCCAGCAAGAGAAUCCGGCACGCUCGAGAACCCGGCUUCAUGUCCGACUUCUUCCGGGCGUUUAACAAGAUCCUGGAAUAA